AUGGUACCCAUCAGUCGCCUGCGGUCACCACGAUAUCGCCAACACCAACACCACACAUCAAAAUCAUCAUCAUCAUCAUCAAGUCUCGAGAAGUCUCUCCCACCACCACCCUCCUCCUCCAACACCGAACAGCAAACACAAACCCAAAUGACAACCAUCCUCGUCGGCGCCAAAAAGCACCCCUUCAGCGUCAACCGCCAACUCCUCUGCAACACAUCCCCCUUCUUCUCCAAACGCCUGCAAGACGACGCCCCCAAACCCAUCUCCCUCUGGCUCCCCUCCGAAUCAUCCACCAUGUUCGCCCUCUUCGUGCAAUGGGUUCACUCACCGAGCACAUUCCGGCGCUACCUCGACCACUCCGUCGCCACGGCCCUCGACACCAGCGACCCCAUCCACUGGGCCAUCAUCCGCCUGCACCUCUUCGCCUCGCACCUGGACCUCUACAAACUACAAGAUCUGGCCAUGGACGCCCUCCAGGACCUGUACCUCAAUCGAAACUGGGACGUGCCCCCCAGCCUCAUCGUCUACCUGUACACGCAGUGCGAGUCCCUUGCCUCGGUGCGCAUGCGCAGAUGGGCCGUUGCCAUGGUCGCCUUCUCUCUCACCGUGGACACGAAAUCCAGUAAUUUUCGAGCGCUGUUCGCCUCGUUGCCGGACUUUGCAGAGGAUUAUGCCACGCAUGUGAGGAACAUGAAGGCCGCGGGGCUGGAUAUCCGGUUUAAGAACCCGCAGUUGAGGAUUCCUGCGAACAAGUUGCGUAAUGAUGAGCGGUUGUUUGGGUUUAGGGAGUGUUCGUUUCAUUCGCAUCGUGCGGCGGUGGGCGAGAGACGGUGCCCGUAUGAUGAGGGCGCGGGGAGGGCGGAGAUGAUGAUGGGGUUGGGGGUGUCGUUGAGGGAUGGGGAGCUCAUGCCGCGGCCGUUGUUUGCCCGUGAGGAGAGCAAGUUGAGGCAUGUGAGGUCUAUUUCUAGUGGGUUGAGGGAUGGGUGA